CCUCCCGUCGGGUGGCGCUGGGGCUUGCGGCAAGGCGUGUGUCUUUGGAGGGCUGUUGGGGAGGCUCCUUCUCCGCUUCUGGAGCGAUCGCUCGACCGGACUCUUCUUCCGCAGUUGCGGUUCGUAGUUGCGGAGAGCGACAGCAGCAAUGGGGUCUCCCGCGUCCUGCCUUCCUUACCGCGCACUGCUGGCCUGCGGCGGAGGGUGGGGGUAUAGGGUGCAAAUUCAUUCCAGGGAAGAGCGAGCCCAAAGCUCCGCUGCACCGCUCGGGGAACCGCAGGGGCCGGAGAAGGUGGUUAGGGUCGUUCUGGGAGGAUCGUCGAUCCUCGGCGGCUCCUGCGUAGGGCUGGGAUGGCGGGCGGCCUGGCUCGCCGGAGAACUCGGGCGGACCCCGCCCGGGAUCCAUCUGGGCUUGAGAGCAGCUGGACUGCCGGUCACCAAGCCGACCUCGCACGCCUUGUCUGGUUCUUCUCCGUUGAGCUUCACCACAAAGCAGGAAUUUCAUUUAUUCCCAGGCUUCGCUUUCAUCUGCAGCCCAGCUAGAAAAUACACAGUACCUUGGGGGUCAUCUAUUCUAGACACUGCACCAUUCUCGUCCAACCUUCUGCUCGGGGCAGGAAUGACAACUGAAACACUUCCAGAGGUGGAGAGAAGGCUUGGCUGCUACACUGAGGAGGGAAGGGACGCCAUCCAGAGGACCAAAGGCGGAGGAGAGGGCCGGGUGCUGACGAGGCAGGGGACUGCCAAAUGGGCUGAUCAGAUUCCCCCCCCACCAGCAAACCCCAGGAAGCGCUCCUGCAGCGCCCUCUGCAACCUUUGCGCUUGGCAACUGCGGAUGCCCAGAUCUUCGUUUUGGCUCUGGCAAAUGGCAACACAGCGCUUUCAGAAAGAGGAAAAAGGGUGUCGGAGUUUCAGAGAAUUUCGUGACAUUCAGAGCAGCUCUGAAGAGAGUUUUAAUUUGCGUCAUGGACUCCAAAUGAAAGCAGAUGCUGAAAAACCUAAAAUAGAUGACUCUACACAAAACAGAUGUCAAGCCAAACCAAUAUCUCCAUUAGCAAUCAUGGCAUAAAUAGAUAGAUGUCCAACGUAAAACUAAUUGGAGAAGAUCUUGCAGUUCACCGUCAUUUAAUUCCAUACUGGUAAAACUUCUGCAGCCCCAAAUGUAAACCCCUGGGUCCUCACAUGUCCUUCUGAAAGCAACUACUGCCUUUUGCAACAGCCAGGAGCACCGAUGCCUCCAGCAUGGCCAAUGGGACACUGCAGGCAUCAGUCGCAAUGGCACCACUGCAGCUCACUGGCUGGACCAGGCAGGACUCAGUGGUUAAGCUUGCCCACAAGACAGUUGGGGAAUAAAAAAUAUGGAGCCAAAACCCACUCAUGAGCCCACCCAGCGAAUUCAUGUAGAGAGCAUUGACCUCUGAGGGUCAUCACAAGUUAAGGGUCCACGCCACAGGCAUAGUCUCUUCCCCUCCUGUCCACACUGACUGAGACCAACCACUGAGUAAGGAUCUGGCCACCGUGCUCUCCCAACUCGGUAGCCAAAUACUGUGGUCAAAGAUAUCAAAAAUUGGGAGAGAUCAAGGAGCACAAGGAUGGAUACACUGGCCCUGUCCCAGCCCUGUCCAGGGCAUCCACAGGUGUGAUCUACUUUAUCUCCACACUGUUCUCCAGUCUGAUGCCUGACUGAAAUGGGUCGAGAUAUCCUGCUUCCUCAGAGAUCCUCUGCGACUGCCGUUCAGCCACCUUCUCUGCACUUUUCCCCCAAGAGAAGGUUGGAAACUGUCUGAUAGAUAUUCAGGAUGACGGGGCCCAGCGAUGGCCUCUUAAAGAGUGGGCACACAACUGUCUCCCUCCAAGAGCUACCAUGGCAUGCAUGCAUUGCCUGGCCCCUUCACAGUUGGCCUUCCCAGGUCAAGAGGGCCUGGGACCUAUGGACUGCUUGGAGGAUAAUCCUUAGGCAUUGCUCCAUGGGCAGUUGCCUGGCAUAGUAUUAGAUCAGUGUAUAUGAGGAAACAAGAUCCCAGAUACCAGCCACCCUACAGGUUCUCUGAGGGCAGGGAUUCUCCAGGUCUCAGGCUUUCAAAAGCAGGUGUGUCGGCCCUCCUAGCCAGAAAUAAGGGGAAAGGGGCUGUCAAUGGAGGGGGAUGUGGAAUAUUAGCCCGUCUCUUACUCCAGCCCUGCCCAGCAUCCCACAAGGGCAAGGCUAGUGACGCUUGGGGGCGGGGGUGGCAAGCAGGAGGAGGAGCUGGGCUACACAGCCAUCUUUUCUUCUGGGAGGAAUGGCUCAGGGGAAGUGUCGGGGGGGCGGGGGGACUGAGACACUGCCCUGCAGUUGACUUGAGGUUUUGUCAUUUACAUGAGGUGAACCCACAAUUGUGCCGAUAGCAGUUUGGGUGAAAUCUGCUCCUGUACUGGCACGGUUCAUACAAGAUGCUGCCCCAGCCCUGACAUAGUUAAGCACAUGGUGUGAAGACAAUCAUGGAGCUUGGUUGCAGACCAUUCCUAACCCAAAGGCCAUCCCUGUGGGUCCUCAUCUUCACACCCAGCAGAGGAAGCAAAACCAGCUGGUUUAGCAGAUCGCCUUGCUUUGCCGCCUGGGAAAUGGAGAGGAUGGCAUCCAGCACCUCCCUUCCAGAGAGGAAGAGAAAGGCAGCCAAGCCCUUUUCCACCGGGAAGCGCUGACUUCCUUUGGCCCAAAUGCCCCCCUCCCCCUCACAGGUUUUCUCAGCAAUGGGCUCCAGGGGCCAUGGAUCUGCAGAAGCCAUUUCUGAAUUUCUAGCAAAAGGAGAAAAGACUCAGCUUCUAGUCCUUAUUGAAACAGGCUGUGUGGCCGAGCUCAAAUCCAACCUGGCUGGGGAAGGGUGGUGGUGGAGAGCAGGGCCAGAAGUGUUUUUGAACAGAAGCCAGAGCAGGGGGGUUGAGGAAGCUGUGCCGCCAAACCGUAAGGAAAAGGUCCUGCCCAGGAAUAGGAGGCAGUCUGCAAACUUCACCAAGGAGAUGACCUUCUUCUCAAAGGAAGAAAAAGCCGGUGAGACCAAGGAGGCAGAACAAGAUCCUCCCCACCAGGGUUGUUUGUACAACAUGCUGAACUGUGAGUGAGCAAACCGUGGUUAGCUGGAACUGCAGGGUUUAUAGGAGUUUGCAAAGCAUUCUAGGCUGGAAAGAGGUUGGCUGAAUGGGUACUGGUGGGCUACAAGUCCCCAGUCAGAGCCUCCUGGAGAGCCAGCUGGUGGCUGACCAGCAGUCUGUGGCUGAGCUCACAAUUCAGCACCCUGGUGGCAAGAAAGGGGAUCUGAUUAGCCACUCUGGGAGGCAGAAAUCCAGCCCUUUUAGGUCUUCCAGCAGCCCUUCCGGCUUUCCCCUGGAAUCCUUGUCUUCAGGUGAGAAACAUCCCCAUCUAGUGGCCGUGGCAUUUUUUGAACAACAAUAAAACUAAUUUAGAGAAACUCCACUCCUGCCUAAGAUGGAUGCUGUCCCUGCCUUUGAACUUGUGGGCUGCAAAAAUGACGGGUAGAGAACAGGAGGAAAGCCAAGGAGCUUCUUCCCUGAAUUCUAGCAGCAACAGCUGCUAC